GUCUCUUUGACGAUCAAAACAUUACAUUUUAUCGCAAGGAAAUCGGAAGAAGCGAAAAAUUGAAAUAGAUAUUUCUUGGUCAUCGACUUUAUUGAGUUUUUAUUGAGUUUUUGAUAAUAUGAUUUCUCGUAAAAAAAAAAAGAAAAUUCUUUCAGUUAGCUCUCUCUGUUGCGGACGAAAGAUUAUUGAUUUUGGACGCAGAGAAUUUCGAAAAGUUGUUCUCUGAUUCUGUAAAAGUUUUACCAAUGAACAAUACCAUUGACUGCUCUUACGGUUUUUAUGUCUCUUUUCGGAUAUGCAAAUGAUUUUCUAAACUCUUCUUUUUUUCUGUCAAUGGUUCUGGACUUCUUAUACUUUUUUUUGACGCUUUCACUAAUUAGAAUGAUUUAUUAAUUCCCUGCAGAGUUGGCAAGGUUGUUUACACACGUAGUAUUUCCUCUUUAGACAAAUCGAUUGUGGGCAAUGUUCCAGUCUGUCGGCGAGAAACCGACUUUACUUUAUAUGGGUAAAUCUACAAAUUUUAAUUUUCAUUACCGCUGCAAAAUAGAUGAAAGACCCUUCUCCGCUUCCCACAUGAAAGUGAAGCCUUUCCAUUCGCUUCAGGUCCUUCAGGGACGUUAUUGAAAGGGUCAACUCCUGCAUGUGCAAUUUUGCAGAGUACGGAUAUUCGAAGCUCUAGCGACAACGAGUAAAGACCGAAGAAGCUACUCUUUGGGAUUCACUGAAACCGGUUAACCUUCGUUUACGAAACUCCGCAUUUUGGAAUACCAUUGAGGACCAGCAAUGGGGACGAGAUGGAACAAUUCUUUGGCUGAGAAAGAAAUGACAAUGACAAACUUAUCAACAUCUAAAGGCCCUCAUAAUAUUGAGGUAACUCAAGCGCCCAACUCGAUGUCCUCUGAACUGAGAAUAAUAACUCUCACGCUCUAUGCGGUUAUAUUUCUUGUAAGUGCAGUGGGAAAUUCUUUAGUUUGCACGGUGAUUUUACGACGGAAAAAGAUGAAAACUGUGACGAACUAUUUCGUAUUAAAUCUGGCGAUUGCAGACUUGACUUUCACUUGCAUUUGUAUUCCUUUUGACAUUCCUGUACAAGAAAUGAACUACCGAUGGCCCUACGGAGCAUUUCUUUGUAAACUGUUAUAUCCCCUUCAAACACUCACACUAUUUGCGUCUGUUUACACACUGACAGCCGUCAGUUUGUCGCGAUUCUGGGCAAUAAACCACCCUCUCCGUCGACAGCUUUCGACCAGAAGCGCGAAAUUCAUAAUUGUGGGAAUAUGGAUUGCGUCCCUCGUAGCUGUCACGCCAUACAUCAGUGUUUCCGAGAAAAACGGUGAGUCCGGAAAAUGUGAUGAGGAAUGGCCGAGCAAAAGCGCACGAAAAACGUACACGGUUACGCUGUUUGUGUUUGAAUAUAUAUUUCCGCUGACAGUAAUUGCAGGCGCGUACAUAAGCAUUGGCCGAGAGCUUGCCCAUCGCGCUAGGAACGGUAACCGUUACUUGCAAGACCUCCAAUCCGAGGAGGCGAAGAAAGUUGUGCGCAUGCUCAAGAUAGUAACCCUUAUGUUUGCUGUAUGUGUUUUGCCAAAUAAUAUUCUGUGGUUGUGGUUGGACUUUGGCGGAGCAGAUGAAAAAUACGACAGAUUCUGGGAUUUAGUGGCGCUUGGUAACAUAAUAACGUUUGCAAACAGCGCGGCUAACCCAAUUUGCUACACGAUUCUGAAUGAAAGCUACCGCAAUGAGUUCAAGGAUCACCUCAUGAAGAUGUUCAACAAGAUCAUAGGAAAGCCAUCUGAAGGACGAAGGGAACUUCUGCGAAUGAAUGAUAACGGUGAUAGUCAACGAAAGUUACGAACUGCUACAAUGAGUUCCGCUUUCUAACAAGAAAUGACACUUUUAUACCGAUGAAGUCCAGGCACAGCUUUUGUAUCGUAUUUUCAAAAUUAAAAUUAAAACCUUUAUUUGUAA